AUGAUCUUCAAAGUAAUCAUUGGCUCAAUAGCUAUAUCAUUUGCACUUACUAUACUACUUGUGUUUGGAGACUCCCCGAGUUUUAGAAACACGCCUGUUCAAAAAGCAAGGAUACAGUUACUUAAAGCUACAUCCAAGAUCAGCCAAUUAUAUGAAGUAAUAGAUUCCAAGAGCAAUGGUCGAUUAUUGAACUACCUUGCGUGGGUGGUACCCGUGGGCUAUCUUAUAGUAGUUAGCGUUUGCUUCCAACAGUUUUUGCAAAAAACUUUACCCAUGCUCUUAACAAAUCUUUUCCAACUCGGUUACAUUUUGAUUAGCAUGAUGGCUGUUUUCGCAUCAACAAUUGCUUGCAUCUUUUCUGAUCCGGGCCAAAUCACUCAAGAAAACCUUAAAGGUUACCCUUACCAUCCAAACCAGCUUAUUUUCUUCAAAAACAAGUUCUGCCAUACAUGUCAGGCUGUGAAACCUGCAAGAUCGAAACAUUGUUCUACAUGUGGUCAUUGCUACCUAUUGUACGAUCAUCAUUGCGUUUGGGUGAAUAAUUGCAUUGGUCUUCGAAACUACAAAUGGUUCAUGUUGUUCCUCUUUGCCAACAUCAAUAUGCUUGCUUAUGGAGAUGUGCUUUGCUAUGCAGCAUUAUCCCCACAGAUAAAGAGCUUAAAGGGUAUGUGGCAAGUUAUUACAAAGACUACCGAUGCUAACAAAGUCACCGGCAUAUUUGUAAUUUUAUGCUCCAUCUUUGUUGUCAUAGCAAUUAUGUUUACUGCAUUGCAGUUUAGAUAUAUAUAUCUCGGCGUAACAACUAAUGAACUUGACAAAUGGUCAGAGAUUGAGCAUUUGAUUAGUUAUGGAAUUCUAUUUAAAGUUGACCCUCCCAUUAAUGAUGAGCCUUACGUUGAAAAGGCAUCGUACAAUGGUAGAGUUGUUUAUAUAAGCCUCAAAGAUGAAAAGGUACUAAUUGAUGCUAACAAUGAGUCACAAUUCACCUUGACACCGGUCGAGUCCGUGCAAGAAGAUAUCGAUAAUAUAUAUGAUCGAGGUUUCUGGCAAAAUCUAAAGGAAAGAUUUUAG